AUGCGGCGCAUGUCCCCGUGCUGCACGGCGGCAUUACUACGCCGCGCCGUCAUUCGCGCAUCGUCCCGCCACGCACGUCGUCCGCUCCGUCGCUCUGCCUUACUACUCCCGCCGUCCCGCGCUACUGUCCUGCGCUCGGCGUCACGCCCGCCUCUCGCCCGUGGGGGCGCGCGUGGCGGCGUGCAGUGCAGCGCGGACGUGCCCGACUAUCUGCCCGCCUCCUGGUGCGCACUGCGCGUUCCGGCCGUGCAGCCGCCGCACCACCUCCGCGCUCUUUAUAACCCCGCCUUGUGCCCGCUACCAAGCAGUGGUCCGCUCAUUUGGGUCCGCCCAUGCGGGUCCGCGGAACAACCCCAUCCAUGGGGUCAGCACCCCGUUCCCCCCCUCCCCCUCUCGCUCAUCCCUCUCGCACUGCUUCGCUUCUCCCUCUCUCCUCACGCCCAGCUGCGCCCAAGCUCCUCCUUUCUCCGCCACCAUGCGUGCGCGGAGAGCAGGGCACGUGGCACGGACCGCAAGCCUCUGGGGCCCAGGCUAGAGUGGAGUGCGGAGGAGGCGGUGCGGCAGCAGCUGUGCGCGCUGCAGAGCAACGACGACCCGUACCCCGACCACGGCGUGGAGGUCAUGUACCGCUUUGCAGGGUUCGACCCAUUUGAGCGAUCGCGGUACUUUGGCCCGCGCUUUGACCUGGGCCAGUUUGAGAGGUUCCGGCGGCUCUUCCACCACACGCACUACCGUGUGCUGCUCUCCCACAAGCGCCACCACCUCCUCUCCUCCUUCUACGUCUCCCCAGCGCGCGUGAAGCAGAGGGUGGAGGUGGAGGGCGUGCGGCCGGGCGAGGUGGAGGUGUUUGAGUUCACGCUGGAGCAGGUGGGGCGCGGGGUGGGCACACCAGUGCACACAGCACAUGGGGGUUCAUGGGGGCCGGGGGGAGCAGGCGGCAAAGAUCCCCCACCGCCAUCGCCUAGCCCCACUCCAAGCACGGUGCGUGUGUCUGUUGGCCCGCCGUCGGCUUCUUCCACUCCCAAGCGAGCGCGAAAUGGGAAGUGGGCGCAGAGUACUCUGGUCGUCGGACGCCGCCGUUUUCCACCGCCUGACAAUGACAAGCCGGCAGAUCCUCCACCGAAAGAAGCUCAGCAACCAGAGGAAGUUGACAUCCCUGUGCGCGCGGAUACCGGCUCGCCCGCACUCACCAAGAUGCAGCUGCGAGAGCAGGUGUACCUUGAGGCGAGUAUUAACUACGAGACGAAGUGGUCGAAACACUUUUCCUGGCUGGUGUUUGGGAAGACCAAGGACGGUUUUCCAUACGUGAAGUGCUCCAUCUGCAUGUCGUACGCGAAGGGGAACACGAGGUACGCCAUGCAAGGUGACGACGGUGGCCGUGACUUGCAGACGCAGUCGUUCAGGGCGCACGAGCAUACGGACGCACACAAGGCGGCGGUGGAUCGACAGUUGAAGCGUGCGGCGGGCAUCCGCGAGGGCCGGCAGGCGAUUUCUGACUUCAUCAACUCCGACGUCGAGGGGCGGCGCGCGAUUCGUCUCAUGCGUGAGGCGUUGGCUGUGAAGGACGCCGCUGAGUCAAACGAGGACCUUGGCAUGGUCGACAAGGUGGUGCGCACAGUGGCGACGCUUCUCGGAAACUCAAGCGUGUGGAGUCAGCGCUUCAAGUACCUUCAGCGAGUGAUCUACCAGACAAACCUCGAGGUCCAAGGAAUCCACACGGUUCGAUGGCUGUCACGAGGUGAUGCGGUGCGCAGGCUGUGCAAGGUCCUCGGCGCUUGCAUUGUGCUGCUCUGGGAGCACAACCUCAAGGCCUACGAGAUUGUGACGUGCUACAAGUUCCAGUUCUGUUUGUUUUUCCUGGCCGACAUUCUGGCCGACAUGAACGACCUCAACUGCUGCUUCCAGAGUCGUGAGCUGGAUGUGACUGAGAUUUCGAACACUAUUGAGUUCACCACGGGUGACCUGACGGAGCGCUACUUGACGACAAACAAACCGUUCGGGGGCGAGGGGAAGAGCUGGCUGGUAAACUUCCUCAAGGUCCUCAAGGAGGGUGGAGGCAAGCAGGUCCGGGUUCGAGGCGUGGACGGAGAGGGACGCCCAAUCAACCACCUCUACACCAUGCAUGAGAGGAAGCUGAAGGGCCACAAGCAGGGAAGCACCUACGCAGACUGCGUGAAGCUGUGCCGCCAAUUCGCCCGCGACUGCGUGGACAACCUGAACGAACGGCUGGAUGACCUUGGGAAGCUGGGCCCGACGAAGCUGUUCCGGGCGGGGAAGUGGCCGAAGAUCAAGGCCCAGCGAGAGAAGAAGUGCAAGGAGUGGCUGCACGGAUGCAGCAGGCUCUUCCGCCACAAGCUGCCGGGAUUCGACCUCAAAGCAGCAGAGAGGGAGCUCCCGACAUCAUGCGCGAUCAUGGAGUCACACCAUGAGAUGGAGAGCUUCGGUCAGGGCCUUAACAACUUUCUUGGGAGCGUAGACUCAAAGAGGUAG